CUCCUGUCCACCCGCAGACAAACGCACAUCUGUCCCUCGAUACCAUCACCGCGACCUGCAGAGCGACAUCCCCCCCCCAUGACGAUGGCCGACUCUCCGUUGUUCCAGCACUCUCCCUCCGCCAAGCGAUCUGGGUGGGACGAGCACCCAUCGGCCAACGCAUCCACAUCCGACAUCUCGUCGCCGUCCGCCUCCAUGGCCACUCCAGUCUCCGAUGCGACAGCAACCUCGCCGGCGGCAAAGAAGGCUCGCUAUGAUCUCCCUGCUGCUGCAGGCACGUCUCCAUCGAGCUCCAGACAGCCUCCGAGUGCUGGCCAUCCGCUGCCGGUCCGUGCCUCGCCGGCGGCCCUUCUCCCACUCACAUCUGAUCAGAAGGAGCGGCUGGAGAAGGCCAAGCUGUUUGCCCGAGAGCAGACCAUCAAGAUCAUGACCGGCCGCUCUGGUCCGCUACCAGCACUUGCCGCGCUGAUUCCCACACUUGAGAGCAAAGAGGCUCGCGCCCUUUCUAUCCUCUCCCGAAUCUAUGUCGGAUCGAUCAACUUUGAACUGAACGAAUCGCACAUCCGGGCCCUAUUCCAACAGUUUGGCGGCAUCAAGACCCUGAGCAUGAACAUGGAUCCGGCCACCGGACGGCACAAGGGCUUCUGUUUUAUUGAAUACGAAACUGUCGAGGCAGCCAUGAUGGCUCUCGACGUCAUGAAGGGCUCCGAAAUCGGCGGACGGCAACUGAAGGUUGGCCGACCGAACAACUUCAACCCCAACGCCAUUGAGCUGCUGCCUCCCGCGGUACCAUCUCGUUUAUACCUCGCCAACAUUAAUGAGCACGUCACCGAGAAAAACAUCACGGACAUCUUCCAGGCAUUUGGCCAGGUUAAAGCCUGUGCGCUCACGCCGGAUGUCAUCAACAAGCGUCACAGGGGCUGUGGCUUUAUCGAGUUUGAAAGUGAAGAUGCUGCUGUAGCAGCGAUGGCCAGUAUGAACAACUUUGAGCUCGGUGGACUCAGCCUGCGAGUAUCCAAAUCGAUUGUUGGUGGGCCAAUGGCACCCGGUAUGGCCUCGCUCGAAAACCUGCCUCAGUCGAGCGACACACCAACUGCACGUCCUGCAAACCCUGCGAUUCCAUCGAGUGUUCUGGAUGUUGCCAGCACAAUCAACAGCAAUAUCGCGCAAAGAGCGGGUCCAAGUGGUCCGACUGGACUCGGUGGUGUCCAAACAGCCUCGAAUGGAGUUACUGCGGCCGCGCUGGCAGCUGCCAAGCUAUCCCAAGAGGAGCUGGUGAGCCUAAGUGCGGAAGAAAAUGUCACGAUUUCGUCAAGCCAGCGAUCGCUGCUUAUGCAGAAGCUGUCGCGAACCGAAAGUCAGAUAUCAGGUGCAAGUACAGUAAUUGUGCUGGAGAACAUGGUGACCGCCGAGGAGGUUGAUGAUGUGCUCGAGGAGGAGAUCCGAGAUGAGGCUGGUCGAUAUGGCAGCAUCAAACGUGUGGUGAUCAAGGUGCAGCCCAAUGAUGCCGAUGUAGCGAUCUAUGUCGCUUUUGAGACGAUCGACGGUGCCCAGAAGGCUCGCCAGGCACUUGACAAGCGAUUCUUCGGUGGCAGACAGGUGCAUGCCUCCUUUUUCGACGCCGCUGCCUUUGCAGCACUCUAAUUCUCAUAGACACGACUGCUCGAACGAUGACAUCCUUCGGCGGCACCAUCCAACCCAACUUCUCCCUUCCCAACACCACCGUCGAAGAUAAAGCGCCGGGCCUUUUGGCCUUGCUCCAAUCGGUCGCCAUAUUAUGGAGCUACAUAAAAAUAUCCAUCACGAUGGCAACCACGAAGCUCGCCUAGAUCGCGGAGCGCUCUUUCGGAUCUGGUGCGCUGGAUAUGCGAAUGGAGUGGAGAUGGUCAGAGAAUCUGCACAGCAAAGCGUCCCAGCACUUGAGCACCAAAUGCUUACAGCGAUUCCAAAAUGAAAUGGGACACCCCCGUUUUUAACCAGGACUGUGCUUUUCUGGAACCUGAAUACACCCACCCACUCAUCGCA